UCAUAAGGUUUGAUUUAUUACAGGGAGAAGUAGGUCAGUGCCCAAUGUUGGAGGACAAUUCGGAUUUACAUUACAUUCCAACUGAUGUAGAAAGUGCUGUAACAAUUAGAGGCUCGAACCUUCCAAAUGCAUCAUCAUUUUGGUGUUACAUUAAAGAAAAUAGUGAGUAUGAACAACCAGCAAGUAAAGAGGGGGACAGUAUUACUUGUUCCUUAACAGUCAAACUUAAAAAUUCCACAGCUCACAAGGAAAAAGUAAGAGUUGUUGUAAAGUAUGGGCAGUCUAAAGAUAGCAGGAAAAUUCUGGAUGAUGACCAUAACCUUACUGUUACAGUAUACAGUUGUGACAAUCUUGCUAAAGACUGCAGUCAUUGUAAAGGUUUGAACACUUCACGAUAUAAAUGUAGAUGGUGUCCUAAUAGUUGCCAACAUAUAAAAACCUGCAGCAGCCAUAAGGCUUGUCCAGCUCCAUUUAUAGAAAAGAUAUCACCAAGUGAUGGACCUGUUGGUGGUAAUACUACUGUAACAAUAAAUGGAACAAAUUUGGGAACUACAUUGUCUCAGAUAGAUAGUGUUAAAAUUGGCACAUAUACAUGUAAUGUAAGCACAAGCAUAAGUUUUCCUGAAAACGAUGAUUUUGAAUUAGAUGUUCCAAAUAGGAUUGAGUGUACUAUUGUGAAAACUAACAGCAAGACUGAAGAAACAUGUAAUGUAAAAGUCAUUGUUAAUGAGUUAGAAUCCAAUCAAAAUGUGUCCUAUACUUUUAAAGUACCAACUGUCACAGGAAUUAACCCAUCAUCUGGACCAAAGGCAGGUGGUACUAAGAUAACCAUAUCAGGAAAGAACUUGGGCAUUGGAAAUAAAAUUUGGAAUGUUACGCUAGGUCCACAAUACUAUAUAGACAUUGAGGCAAAACCUGUACCUAACAGUAAUCUCUUUACAAUAGAAUGUGUCACACAGAUAUACACAGAGGUUGGAAAUCAAACACUACUACUGCUGGAGAUGGAUGGGAAUAAAUUUUUCGUUCAGAACAUUAUAACUUUUGAGACUUUGACAAAUCCAAAUAUAUCCGAAAUAGAGGGUAAAAAGGGCGGCUUUUUAAAGGGUGGAACAAUUUUAACAAUUUUGGGAACAGACCUGCACCAUGCCAAUGUUGGAGUGGUGAAGUUUCAGUAUAAGAAUGACAAAGUGGAAGAAAAAUGUGAAAUUGAGUCAAACGCUGUUACCAAAUGUCUUAUACCAGUAGCCCCUCAAUCACUGAGAAAUGAUGUGAUGGCCAAAGUCAAUCAAUCAUCAAAUAGAAGGAAAAGAGCUGCAUGUGAUGGCUGCAUUGAAGUAACUGUUACUGUAAAAUUAGAUGGGGUAGAAAAAGAUUUUAUUAUCAAAUAUGUGCAAGAUCCAACUGUACAGAAAUUAAGUGGUGAUGGAAAUGUCUUGCUAUACGAAACAGAUGAGCAUCAGCUUAUUCUGAAGGGUGAUGCAUUAGAUUUAGUGACAAUAAAAACGGAUUUUCGGGUAUCUAUUGGUACAGCAAACUGCACUGUAAUUGAGCUAACAAGAGACACUCUGACGUGUAAACCACCCACCAGUCAACCUUCUCCUGCAAAUCCAAAAAAACACGAAUUUCCUGAAGUUGAA